CCAACUCUGCUAUGAUUCUCUUGUCCAUGAGCAAGCCAUUUGCUACUAUUCUCUCAAUGGAGAUUGCAUAGAUUUUCCCAUCAGAGUGCUCAUGAUUAGUUAGAUCUGCCUUCCAUUGUUAAUGACAGCCAACACCUGGUUCCUAAGAUAGGUCUAGCUUACCUCUGUGGCCUUUCCUCUGGGCAUAGUCUCUCACUACUCUGCUUCACCCUUUCUUAGCUCACCUUGGCUUCCAUUCCUCUUGCUGUCCUGCAAUGGCUCCAACUGUGAGGUCAUCAUGUUCUUAUUCCACCAGCUUCUGGCCUGAUUAGCCUUUGACAUGGGCAGUGUGUCGGUGGGAAGUGGGGGGCUGCCAUACGGGCAAAAUGACAGCGCUGAAGCUAAAGUCUCCACCAUGGGCCUUCCUGGUGGGUGAGUGACUGGUGUGUUUGUAUUCCAAAAGCAACUUGCUUUCCCAUCGAGUUUGACUCAGCCCUGUAACUGCCAUUGCCUGACUAGCUCGCUGUGUGUUCUAGACCUUUGCUGCUCUUGCAAGGGCUCCACUAAUGUGGGGUGUCAAACAUCAGGCAGUGGGCCAUUUUCCCAACAUGGCCCACUGUUCUGAUCUUUACUGUAUUUCCUACAUAUUACUCAGGGAACAAGUAGGAAGGCAAAGGGGUGAACUAUCAUGCUGCAAGCUGGAGGCAGAACUGAUUGUCUUGGCCUAAAAUGGAGCCUAGGUAAUUUCUGAUUGGGGAAUUUGCCCUUCCAUUUUAGUGUGACACCCCUGUGUUAAUACUGCUGGCAAAGAUGAAGAUGCUACAGAAAGUUUUUCCCCUCUCCCAGUUUAUAAGGCCACCACCUGACAGAGGCUCUCCAUCUUUAACACCUGCCUGGAAAAAAAAACGGCUUUCCAGUCUUUCUGAUGCAGUUGUUCCCAAGUACUUUGAGCUCAAAGCCAGGCAGCCCCCUCACAAUGGAGGAGUAUAAGGUCUUUUUCUCUUCCUUGAGGCCCACAUGGAAGGCAACCUUGGUGUGCCAGAUCCGACGUAACAAGGGUUGCCACAAUCUUCAAAUAAUGCAGCUGGAUCAGUAUGAAAAUCAUGGCCAGAUCCCUGAGGGUCCCAUCUGUGCUGACCUUCCAGAAGUCUCACAUUUUGAGACAUUUUGCUUAUUUGCACAGUUUCGGUGCUUAAAUCAAAAGUUCUACACCAAGCGGAUCCAUUGUCCCAACGAGCCACUUGUUGAGGAGACCGAUGUCCUCCCUUCCCCUCCAAGCACGAAGCAUUCUGCAGCCCCAACGGAAGUUUCCCUACCAUCCCCUGACAACCGCCUCCGCUCCAGCAUCGAGGCCAUUUUGAAAUACUCCUUUGCUGUCUCGGGCCAGGAUCCCAUGCCAAGGAGCCACUUCCCAGCCUCCCACAAUGACUGGGAAAUCCUCCAAACCCCUGAGCAGCCAGACCACUCAAACGCCGAGCAUACCACAUCCAAUUCUGAAACCUCUGCCUUAGACGCCAAAAAGCUAAAAGCCACAGAGAGGAUCAAAGACCAGUAUCUCCACCAAAGCAUCAACCAUCUUAUUAGCACAGCCUUCUCGCUGGAGCACUUGCUGAACUCAAAGAACACAGAAGCUGCUGGAGACACUGAAUCAGAUCUGAAUGCCCAGGAAGAGAUUUCAGGAACCAAUUUCAAGGGCAGCCUCUUAGACCUUAGCAAGGAUGAAGCUCUGGUGAUCCUCUGCUACGCAGUGCUCCAGGACAUCUGCUUAUCCUCAGCUGUUAGCAAGGCCUGGAAAGAAGUGGAGGCCAACACUCUAGGCUAUGGGGAUUUGAUAUGCGAUAACCUUGGCCGACGCCAUACAGAUCUGUGCCCUGAGUGUGCAUUCUGCUCCCUGAAGAUGGAGCAGUGCCAAGGGGCCUCUGAUCUGAGACGGAUCCACUGUGGGGAUGGCAUAUUCACAAACUAUAUCAACCCUGGGAUUUUGGCCCAGCACCAGGCCAUGGACCUCCUGGACUCCCCAGUCACAGGAGAGUAUUAUGGGACUGAAACAUAUGGGGGCCUGCGUGCAGAGUAUUGGUGUGGUCGCUUGGCAACUCAUGGCUGUGACGAUUUUCGUGUAGCGCUUUGGCUGCAGUCAGAAUAUUCCCUCUUUCAAGGGGGUGAUUUUCCAGACAAGAUCUGUGAUUCGACAGGAGUUCAACAUCCUACUUACUGUGCAUUCAAGAGCAAUCAAUGUCUGACAUACAACCUCAGUAAUAAGAAGGUGUUACGCGCUGGCUGCUUAAGAAAUGAGACAUACCAGGUGCUGAGCAAGGAGGAAGGGGAAGAUGAAGUACUGCUUUGGAGCCAGAAGUUUUUGAGCUUUGGUGAUGGGUGAAUGAAUUAAAGAGCACGAAGGAGUAAUUCUGACGAAGAGGAGUGGGAGUGGGAGGACAGAGGAACAGCAGCCUGGUGUGUGGCUCUCACCUUGAGGAAAUUCUCUAUUGCACAGUCUCUGCUGCUUACCUACUUAGAGCCCUUUCUGCAGAUGGCUUGGUGUUAAUUUAACUGUGAAUAUCCCUGCUGUUAAAUCUUCUUCACAGCCCACAUGCAACAACUGCUAUUUACCCAAUCCUGCAGGCUCCUCUGAAACUCUUCAGUUGGGAAUAUAAUCCAAGAGAGAAAAGCAGUUGAUGAGAAGUCCUAGUUUCCUCUCCAGCGAUCCUCCCUCUCACGCCUGGAAGCAAAUUCAUACAUGAACCUCUGCUAUGUGAUAUGCUUUGUAUUCUUAUUCAUAAAGAGCCUUUUCAUUGCA